UGUAAUUGCAUUGUCCAUGGACACCUGUACCAUUAGGGAUCCACCCCAAAUCCCAAUCUUCUGAUCUGCCUACCUAAUUCUCCCUUCCCUGUCUCUGAUUCCCUACGCUUCCGUUCUACAUAAAAACCCGAGCCAUUUCAGCCAAAUCUUCUUGGGUUUCUCACUCUCCCUGCCUCAAAACUCAAAUCUACUGCCAACUCCCCUCCUCCUGCAAUAGUCAAGGAUCAAUGAAUAGUAUACCCACAACGCCAGAAGUAGAACCCCACAAACCCAAAGGCGGUGCUCAAAGCUUAUUGUAGUGGUUAGGCCAUUAAUUUAAUGCUCCGUCUCUCAACACCUCAUCAAUCAAUCCCCUUGAAUAUACUUUCAAUUCUGACUUUAGUUGAAUAAUCUAGAGACGUGUGUUGCGGCCUUGGCAACAACUCCUUUUACUUUAAGUUGAAAGUCACAUGGAAAAGUUUAGAAAAUCUUUCAAAAACAUUCACUCUCCUUCUGCUGCUGAUCAGUCCCGUCUCCCUGAAGACGAGCGUUUAGCCCUCUUAGAUCAGACCCAAAACCUUAACUUCUCCGACUCUAAUAACUCUAACAUGACAUCCGCUCCCGUCGGCGCCGAUUCUUCUGCUCAAAACGAUGUCGUCAUCAGAAUCAACCCCCGAGGAGGAGGAGAGCGAGACCGAGAGCCCACCACUGUUAGUAAAGAAACCGAGCUGACUUCUUCUUCGUCGUCUUCUACUUCUAGCCAGGCCCAGGUGAGUGGUGCUAAUGCAAAUGCUGCUAAAAGUAAUGUCUGGCGAGACUCAAGUUACGAUUUUUCUAACGAUGCUGCCAUGAAGGCCAUUGCUAAUAACGCUAAAGAUUUCGACUUUGUAACCGAGUCGCCGUUAUCUCAACGUUCUCCGUUAUCUAGGAUACCGGAGAGUCCUAAUAACUGCGACCAGAUUACUCCCAGGGAGGUUAGAGUCUCGUUUACUGAAAAUGUAGCUGAACCGGUUCGCCGCCGGUCUAAUGCCAGCGGCGGUAUUGGGAGAAACGGCGAACCGGAGGAGGUAUUGGUUUGCAGUGGGAACUCUUCGUUCAGGAGAAAAUCGAGCCUGUUGAUGACGAAGACGAAGUCGAGGCUGUUGGACCCACCGGAGCAAGAUCAGCGGUCCCAGAGGUUGAUGAAAUCUGGGGUGCUGGGGAAAGCCAGUGAGAUUGACGAAGAUGACCCUUUCUUGGAGGAUGAUUUACCAGAAGAGUUCAAGAAGAUGAAGUUCAGCACUCUCACUGUGCUUCAGCUGCUGGGUCUGAUUUUGAUCGUUGCCGCUUUAGUUUGUAGCCUUACUAUCGGAGUUUUGAAGAAACAGACUAUUUUUGAGCUGCAUCUGUGGAAAUGGGAGUUGAUGAUUUUGGUGUUGAUUUGUGGGAGGUUGUUUUCUGGAUGGGCAAUCAGGGUGGUGGUUUUCUUGAUAGAGAGGAAUUUUUUGUUAAGAAAGAGGGUUUUGUAUUUUGUUUAUGGUUUGAGGAAUGCUGUGCAGAACUGUGUUUGGUUGGCUCUGGUUUUGAUUGCUUGGCAUCUUAUUUUUGAUAAGAAGGUUGAGAGGGUGACAAAUGGGAAGAUUUUGCCUUAUGUUACUAAGAUUUGGGUGUGCCUUCUGGUGGGAACAUUCAUUUGGCUUCUUAAGACCCUGCUUGUUAAGGUUUUGGCAUCGUCUUUUCAUGUUAGUACGUUUUUUGACCGGAUUCAGGAGUCUUUGUUUAAUCAGUAUGUGAUCGAGACAUUAUCCGGGCCACCGUUGAUUGAGAUUCAGCAGGAGCAAGAGGAGGAGGAGAGGGUCUUGGCUGAGGUCCAGAAGCUUCAGAAUGCUGGUGCUAAGUUGCCUGCUGAUCUCAAGGCAAAUGUGUUGAAGAGUGGAAAAGUGAUUGGUACGCCUCGCAAGAGUCCUACGUCUGCCACUGCCAUGUCCGCAAAAAGUCCAACAUUUUCCGUGGCCAUGUCCAAGAAGGAAGAGGAGAAGGGUAUCACGAUUGACCAUUUGCACCGGUUAAAUCAGAAAAAUAUUUCAGCUUGGAAUAUGAAGAGGUUGAUGAACAUCGUUAGACAAGGAGUUCUGUCAACUUUAGAUGAGAAAUUGCAGGACUCAAGGGGUGAGGAUGAAACUUCUGUGCAGAUUACGAAUGAAAACCAGGCAAAAGCUGGAGCAAAGAAGAUAUUCUGCAAUGUUGCAAAGCCUGGCUCUAAAUAUAUCCAUCUGGAGGAUUUGAUGCGCUUUAUGAGGGAGGAUGAAGCUUUGAAGACAAUGCGCCUAUUUGAAGGCACAAAUGAAGGCAAGGGGAUCAGCAAACGUGCCCUUAAGAAUUGGGUAGUAAACGCCUUUAGAGAACGGAGAGCACUUGCUUUGUCUUUGAAUGACACAAAAACUGCUGUAAACAAGCUGCAUCACAUGUUGAAUGUUCUUGUGGCAAUAGUCAUUGUUGUCAUCUGGCUCCUCAUCCUGAAAGUUGCAACUACCCAUUUUUUUAUCUUUUUGAGCUCUCAGGUUCUUUUAGUGGUCUUCAUGUUUGGGAACACCUGCAAGACAACAUUUGAAGCAAUUAUUUUCUUAUUUGUGAUGCACCCAUAUGAUGUGGGGGACCGUGUUGACAUUGAUGGAGUUCAGAUGGUGGUUGAAGAGAUGAAUAUACUGUCAACAGUUUUUCUGAGGUAUGAUAACCAAAAGAUCAUAUAUCCAAACAGUGUCUUGUCUACAAAACCCAUCAGCAACUACUACCGGAGUCCAGAUAUGGGAGAUGCUAUUGAUUUCUGCAUCCAUGUUUCAACUCCGUUGGAAAAGAUUGCUUUGAUGAAGGAGAGAAUAACUAGGUACAUUGAGAACAAGAGCGACCACUGGUACCCGGCUCCCAUGAUAGUGAUGCGCGAUGUAGAGGACUUGAACAGGCUGAAAUGGUCAAUCUGGCUUUCGCACACGAUGAAUUUCCAAGACAUGGGUGAAAGAUGGGUAAGGAGGGCUCUACUGGUUGAGGAGAUGAUCAAAAUCUUCAAGGACCUUGAUAUAGAAUACCGCAUGCUACCCCUGGACGUGAAUUUACGUACCAUGCCAGCUUUGACUUCGAGCAGAGCUCCCUCAAAUUGGGCAGUUUUCUCUACCUGACCUCAUGUGGAUAACUAGUAGUGAAGAGUAAGAUCGGAUAUCAUAUCAUUGGUCAAGCCUUACUCUUGAUGUAGUAGGGAGACACAAAAGUACUGCAAAAUCGGAGUUACCUUGGUUGGAUGUAGAGGCAGUAAUCAACGACUAUUAUUUAACAAUGGCCAAACCUAUGCUAGUUGGGUUGUGUAUAGUCAUCAUAUAAUACACUUUCGCGGUCGAG